AUGUCGCUCGUCUUUCUCAAAAACCUAUUUCUAUUUUCCCGCCCCUCCAGCACCUCGUCCUCGCCAUCGUCAAUACCCUCCCACACACCCGCAUCAAACAAAUCGCUCUGCGCCCACGCGUCGCAAACAGAGCACUCCCCCCUCCUCUCCUCCCCGCCCUCACCACCAACAUCAACCUACUCCACCACCACCACCACCUCCACGGACAUCGAAUCCCUCACGCCCUCGUCGCACCCAAGCCCCUUCACCUUCCCGCGCAUCGAUGCAAGAUUGAUAAGUGAUGCGACGAUAGGGUUGAGCGAUGGGUUAACGGUGCCUUUUGCGUUGACAGCGGGGUUGAGCGCGUUGGGGGAUACGAGGGUGGUGAUUUAUGGGGGGCUGGCGGAGUUGGUUGCUGGGGCGAUAAGUAUGGGACUUGGGGGGUGGUUGGGGGCGAAGAGUGAGCUUGCCAGUUACAACGCCACAGAAGCCCAGACAGCGGCGCGAAUCGCAGCAGCGCCAGCGAGUCUAGGUGACGAACUAACCGCCCUCUUCGAACCCUACGACAUCCCCCCCAGCACCCUCGCGCCCCUCACAGCACACCUCCUCACCUCCCCAUCCCUCCUCCCCUUCCUCAUGCGAAUCGAACACUGUCUCCCCCCCCCCUCCCCCCACCGCGCGCUCGCAUCGGCAUUGACGAUCGCAUCGGCGUAUUUUCUGGGGGGCUUGGUGCCGCUGGUGCCGUAUUUUUUUGUGGAGGAGGUGGAGAGGGGGUUGUGGGUUAGUGUGGCGGUUAUGGCGGUUGCGUUGUGGGUGUUUGGGUGGGUGAAGACGGGGGUUUGUGGGGGGGGGAAUUGGGAGAGGGUGAAGGGGGGGGAGAGAUGGUGGUGGUUGGGGGGGUGGCGGCGGGGGCGGCGAUGGGGUUGGUUAGGGCUUUUGGGGCGGGGGGAUGAGAACGACGGAAUGAUUAUUGAUGAAAGGGAUCUGUGCCAUGAGCGUGGGGAUAUAUAUCAUUUCAACCGCGGCUGGGGCGGUAACGGCUCAGCAUGGACCAUAGAAGAACAGAUGGAGUCUUGUUCAGGAUGCCGGUAUCCUUUUGGUGAUGCAUGAUCUCCCCAUCCCAUCACCGCCGCUGCAGGAUAGUCAUCAGCCAUCGGCACUGCUUCACCCCCUGCCCGGCAGCGCGAGCUGGACCCAACAUGCAGGGGACGGAACAAUGAGGCUGAGGUAUCGAAAUGAGAGACAGAGUCUGGGCGCGUCUGGGCGCGUCAGGGCGGGGGAUGGGGAACGUCCCGCCGAUACGAGGCACACAUGACGGGCCACAUCACGCCCCGUCAGUGAGCGUCGGUGGGACAGAGCUCUCCCCAGUGGCCGUUUCCUAAAAUAGACCCCAUUUGCCGUUCGGUCAGGCGGGGAGAUGAUGCGGCGCAGCAGCAGGUGGGGGCAAUAGGCAAUAAGGGACUUAAUAAUAGUAGGUAGUUUUUGCCCCAUUCUGACGGAUUUGGGCUCGAUUGGGUAG